AUGAGGAUAUUGUUUGCUCCACUAGCUGCGGUUCUCCGUCCGGCUGUGUCUACAAGCUUGGUUAGCCGCCAGUUGCCAGCAUUCGUGGCGUCGGCAAACUUCUUCUCCACAAGUUCUAUCAUUAGCCAGGCUGGGGAAAAGUUCUCGUCUCCAGACCGUAAAACCACCAAGCACGUCUUAUCCAGAAAGACAUUUUUGAUCGACUACUACAAGCACUUGAAUGACACAAACGAAAUCGUCUUGUACGUGCACCAUAACAACUUGGUUAAGGCCGACAACUUGAAGGUGAGAAAUGAGUUCCAGAAGUUGGGAGUCAAGAUGACCUACUUGAGAAACAGUCUCUACAACGUGUACUUGCGUUCUGCUCAUGAGGAGGAUCCUGCUUUGCACAAGAAUACUAUCCGCAACAAAAACGUCGUGCACCCAUUGUCUCCCUUGCUCAAUGGCCCUACUGCUGUAAUCACCGUCCCGCAGUGCGAGCCUAGUGUGGUGGAGCAGGUAUUGAAGAUCUUGAAGCAGUCUGGAGAGAAGCUUUUCUUGGUGGGAGCUAAGAUCGAGGCAUCGGUGUUCAACGUGGAAGAGGUGAACCAAUUCAAGACUUUGCCUAAUCGCGAGCAAUUGCAAGGACAGUUGGCCGGGUUGUUGACUGUGUUGGGAGGAGCCGGAUUGGUCAGAACUUUGGAGUCGAAUGGAACCCUGCUCUACUUGACGUUGGACCAGAGACGGAAGGAUCUUGAUCCGGAGGAGUCGAACGAGUAA